GUAUUUUCCAUCUUUCAGACGCAGCCGGACGAUUCGAAACUCGAGCUCAGAUCAAAACAUUUAUAGGAUCCCAGAUUGCUUUUUCUGUAAGUUUUAGGCUACACACUGAAAAUGGAAGAAAUAAAUGCAGAACAAACUGCACAUUUGAAUGUGGUGUUGCUGGGAAAAACCAUGGCUGGGAUAAGUGCAUCAGGAAACACAAUACUUGGACGAGAAGCAUUCGUCUCAAAGAAAAGUUCCAAAUCUAUUACUCGAGAUGUUGCUGUUGAAUCUGGAUCUGUUGGUGGUAUGGAAGUCAUUGUUUAUGACACACCAGGAUUAUUCAACACAGAGAUGAAUGAAGAUGAGAUUCAGAAGAAAUAUAAAGAGGUUCUUCAGAGAUGUGAAUCAGGUCCCUGUAUGUUUCUGCUGGUGAUCAAAGCUGACAGAUUCAGUGAAGAAGAGAGAAAAACUGUGGAGAAGAUUGAGCAGCUGCUGGGAGACGAGCGCCUGAAGAAAACCUGGAUUCUCUUCACCAGAGGAGACGAACUGGAUGAUGGAAACGUGACUAUACAAGAAUUCCUAGAUGACACUGAAGAACUGAAAAACCUUGUUCAGAAAUAUGAUCAGAGAUACAUUGUGUUCAACAACAAGACAAAGGAUCAAGCUGGACAAUUUCAAAGGCUAAUAAUAAAAAUAAUUAAGUCAUACUUCAACAUCAACUUCAAAGAAUUAUCAGAGAUUCAGAAUCCAGCUAUAAGAAAAGGACCCAAAAAUUGUGAACAAGACAAGUCUGAACAAGUCUCCAGUCUCUCAUCCAGACGGCUUGUUCUUCUGGGUAAAAGUGGAUUUGGGAAGAGUGCAGCUGGAAACACAAUCCUGGGACAGAGAGAGUUUAUAUCUGUGAUGAGAAUGAGUUCAGUAACCAGUGAAUGUUCAAAGGAACACGUCACUGUUUCAGGCAGAUCUGUGACUGUAGUGGAUACUCCUGGAUUCUUUGAUACACAGAUGAAACCUGAAGAGUUAGCUGAGGAGAUAGCCAGAAGUGUUUAUAUAUCCAGUCCUGGACCUCAUGCUUUUCUCAUUGUGUUUCCUGUGAAUAUGAGAUUCACUGAACAUGAGCAGCAGAUUCCUCAGAAGAUUGAGAUGAUGUUUGGUGAGGGAGUGUUAAAAUACUCCUUCAUUCUCUUCACUCAUGGAGAUCAGCUGGAAGAAGAGUCAGUAGAGGAACUGAUUAAGCAGAACUGCAGAUUAAGAGAUCUAGUUCAGAAGUGUGGAGACAGAUAUCACGUCUUCAACAAUAAAGAUCUGAAUAACAGAGAGCAGGUGAAUGAUCUCCUGCAGAAGAUUGACUCAAUGAUAGAGCAGAAUGGAGGAGGACACUACAGUAACCAGAUGUUUGAAGAUGCUCAAAGAUUCAGACGAGAGGAAGAAGAGCAGAGAAAACAACAAGAGGAGAAACAAAGACAAGAGGAGAUUGAGAGAGUGAAGAAAGAGACAGAGAAGGGAGUCAGAGCAAAGUGUGAAGCUAAGAGAUCUGAACAAGAAAGACUCAAAGCAGAGAAGCAGAGAGAGGAAGAUAAAGGAAAAAAAGAGGGCGGAUUUAAGCAGUUUUUUUAUAAGCAUCAGCGCUAUUUUUAUUUUGCAGCUGUUGUAGCUGGUUUUGCUGUUGGUGGAGUUGCUGGUGGAGUUCUAGCUAAAUCUGUUAUCGGUGCUGUUGGUGGAGCUGUUGUUGGUGGAGCUGUUGGUGGAGCUGUUGUUGGUGGAGCUGUUGGUGGAGCUGUUGUUGGUGGAGCUGUUGGUGGAGCUGUUGUUGGAAUUACUGAUGCAGCUCUUGGUGGAUUUUCUGGUGGCACUGCUCCUAACUCCUAACCCUAAUUAAAAUACAAUAAAAUUAAAAUAUAACAUAUAACUGAAAAUAUAAUAAAAUACCUAACUACAUAAUACUAUUAUUGUUAGAAAUUGCAACAAAAUAAAAUAGAAAUGUAAACUUUUGAACUGCGGGUUUCGUCUGGUCAGAGGAGAACUGGCCCCCCGACUGAGCCUGGUUUCUCCCAAGGUUUUUUUCUCCAUUCUGUCCCAGAGGGAGUUUUGGUUCCUUGCCGCUGUCGCCUCUGGCUUGCUCAGUUGGGGACACUUCAUGUCUAGCGAUUAUCGCCGAUUUGAUUGCACAGAUAUUAUUUAAACUAAACUGAGCUAGACAAUGACAUCUCUGAAUUCAAUAAUGAAAUGCCUUUUAACUGAAAAUUGAGUGUUUAAUCUUAUCAUUAUACAUUACUGACACUCUGUCUUUGAAAUUGAUACUGUUAAGUGCUUUGACACAAUCUGUAUUGUUAAAAGCGCUAUAUAAAUAAAGGUGACUUGACUGCUGCUGGAUCUGUAGGUGGAGCUGUUAUUGAUGGAGUUACUAGUAAAACUCUUGCUGGAGUUCAUGAUGGAGCUGUUCGUGGAGCUCUUGAUGGAGCAGUAGGUGGAGGUGGUGGUGCUGCUGCUGGAACUUUAGAUGGAAUUAUUGCUGGAGGAGCUGCUGGAGCUGUUGGUGUUGCUAAAGCUUUUGGUGGAGCUACUGAUUAGAGGUCAACACGGGUUUUAAACUGAAGCCUGAACCUGUUCCCUACCCAAGAUUUGUUUCUCACAACAAAUAGCAUAACUUCUGAAAUAUACUCUACAUCAGGAUUGCAUGCAACAGUCAGUAAGCAAUACGUGCAUAGAAACAGAGUUUCAUAAAGUUAAAGUUACAGUGGCCACUUCAGCAACACAGCAAAAGGAAAAAAGCAUGUACUUACUGUGAAACCUUGUGAACAACAGAUGUAACAGUCACACAAAUUAUGCUGAGCUCUUUAUUGGUUGUAAUGACAAGAUCAUCAUUUUUUCAUAGCGCAGAUUUCCUUGCAUCAUUUGGUUCUGUAAGAAGUUUGAAGUUUCAGACAGUGCCAUGUGACAUAAACAUUGCCAGAGCAGGAGCACAAGCCCCAAAACAGUGUGUGUAUAUAUAUAUAAUUUUUUUAUACACACAAUAUAUAAAAUAUUUGCACACUUAGCAGGUUGUGACAAACUCGAGUCCGAACCGAGCCCGAAGCUAUUCAUUAAACAUUAACCUGAACUCGACCGAGCAGCAAAGCUCUACUUCUGCUUUUGGAUCUGUAGGAGGAACUGGUUGACUUCGUCAAAAACUGCAUAACUUCUGUAGGGUUGUGGGCAUUGUGGAGCCUAUCAAAGCGUCUAUAGGCAAUGAUAGAUCAGUUAAACUGUGCAGUGUGUGUGUUUAUUCUGUAUUUGUUUUCUAUAAAUGUUUUGGCUCAUGUGCUUGCAUAUUCUUCAUAUUCUGCUUGAAACCUUGAACACAGGGUGAGGCUGCCGCCCUGCAGCUUUUAGAGGAAGCAGGGCAGACACAAAAAGGUAUAAAGUGUUACGGCCCAGAUGUAAGGGUCUAGGGUAAGAGAGUAACAGAGAAAAGUAAACAUAAAAUUGGUUGGGCUGACUGAGUACCAGUCCCCUGCCAAGCACAACAGACACGUCAAAUUCCAAAGUCGAGUAUUUGAUUUACACAAUUUCCAAAUGACAAAUUAAAAUAGGAAGCAAAAUAGACUUCAGGAGGGGGAAAGACCAAAACAACAAACAAAAGGACCCUCUAACUAGUUUAGGAGUAAAACUGUCUAAACUGUCUAAAUUAUGAUCACAGUUAUAAUAAACAGGAUAUAAACAGGAUAUGUAAGUGUACAUAUUUUGGCAAAUGCAUGUAAAUUGGCUGAAGAAAGGGAAGCAGUGUUUUCUAUAGAUUUAUCACUCUGUGUAACUGAAUCUCAUUAAAGACUCUCAGUAUUGCA